AAUGGGGGUGUCGCCGUCGCCCAGUCAGCUCCGUGUCCUCCGUUCCUCCGCUGGUGCUGCGCUGUCGUCGCGGCACCCCCUCCCAACCCUCUGUCCACUACGUCCCCAGAACCGGCCGGCGGAGCCCGGAGCCAGGGCCGCGUCCCCGCCAUGCCGGCCCAGUGGCUAUUACUCCUGCUGGCGCUGCUGCUACCGCCGCCCAGCCCCGGGAGUUUUGGAAGUGCCAGCACAGUAACACUGCCUGAAACCCUGUUGUUUGUUUCAACCCUGGAUGGAAGUUUGCAUGCUGUCAGCAAGAGGACAGGCUCGAUCAAGUGGACUUUAAAAGAAGAUCCAGUCCUGCAGGUCCCAACACACGUGGAAGAGCCUGCUUUCCUCCCAGAUCCCAAUGAUGGCAGUCUGUACACACUUGGAGGCAAGAACAACGAAGGCCUUACGAAACUUCCCUUUACCAUCCCAGAAUUGGUUCAGGCAUCCCCAUGCCGAAGUUCAGAUGGAAUCCUCUACAUGGGUAAAAAGCAAGAUAUUUGGUAUGUCAUCGACCUUCUGACUGGAGAAAAGCAGCAGACCUUGUCAUCGGCCUUUGCAGAUAGUCUCUGCCCAUCCACCUCCCUGCUGUAUCUUGGAAGGACAGAAUACACCAUCACCAUGUAUGACACCAAGACCCGAGAGCUCCGUUGGAAUGCCACCUAUUUUGACUAUGCAGCCUCACUGCCUGAGGAUGACGUGGACUACAAGAUGUCCCACUUUGUGUCCAAUGGCGAUGGGCUGGUGGUAACUGUGGACAGUGAAUCUGGGGAUGUCUUGUGGAUACAAAACUAUGCCUCUCCUGUGGUGGCCUUCUACGUCUGGCAGCGGGAGGGGCUGAGAAAGGUGAUGCACAUCAACGUCGCUGUGGAGACUCUACGCUACUUGACCUUCAUGUCUGGGGAAGUGGGACGCAUCACUAAAUGGAAGUAUCCGUUCCCCAAGGAGACAGAGGCCAAGAGCAAGCUGACGCCUACCCUGUAUGUCGGGAAGUACUCCACCAGCCUGUAUGCCUCUCCCUCAAUGGUGCACGAGGGCGUUGCUGUAGUGCCUCGAGGCAGCACUCUUCCUUUGCUGGAAGGUCCCCAGACAGAUGGUGUCACCAUUGGAGACAAAGGAGAGUGUGUGAUCACCCCCAGCACAGACCUCAAGUUUGACCCUGGAAUCAAAGGGAAGAACAAGCUAAACUACUUGAGGAAUUACUGGCUUCUUAUAGGACACCAUGAAACUCCUCUGUCUGCAUCUACUAAGAUGCUGGAGAGAUUCCCCAACAACCUGCCCAAACAUCGGGAAAAUGUGAUUCCUGCUGAUUCGGAAAAAAGGAGCUUUGAGGAAGUUAUCAACCUGGUUGACCAGACUUCAGAAAAUACACCAACUACCGUGUCUCAGGAUGUGGAAGAGAAGCUGGCCCAUGCACCCGCCAAGCCUGAGGCCUCUGUGGACUCCAUGCUCAAGGACAUGGCUACUAUUAUCCUGAGCACCUUUCUGCUGAUUGGAUGGGUGGCCUUCAUCAUCACUUACCCCCUGAGCAUGCAUCAGAAGCGCCGACUCCAGCACCAGCAGAUCCAGAAGGAGCUGGAAAAAAUCCAGCUCCUGCAGCAGCAGCAGCUGCCCUUCCACCCACAUGGAGACCUUACUCAGGACCCCGAGUUCCUGGAUUCAUCUGGCCUCUUCUCAGAGAGCUCAGGCACCAACAGCUCCAGCCCAUCCCCCAGAGCCUCCAACCACUCACUCCACUCCAGCACCAACCCUUCCCUGGAGCAGGAUGAAGAGGAUGAGGAAACUAGAAUGGUGGUUGUUGGGAAAAUUUCAUUCUGCCCCAAGGAUGUCCUGGGCCAUGGAGCUGAGGGCACAAUUGUAUACAAAGGCAUGUUUGACAACCGCGAUGUGGCUGUGAAGAGGAUCCUCCCUGAGUGUUUUAGUUUUGCAGACCGUGAGGUCCAGCUGCUUCGAGAAUCAGAUGAGCAUCCGAAUGUGAUCCGCUACUUUUGCACAGAGAAGGACCGGCAGUUCCAGUACAUUGCCAUUGAAUUGUGUGCAGCCACCCUGCAAGAGUAUGUGGAGCAGAAGGACUUUGCCCACCUUGGCCUGGAGCCCAUCACCUUGCUUCAGCAGACCGCCUCAGGCCUGGCGCACCUGCACUCUCUCAACAUAGUUCACAGAGACCUGAAACCCCACAACAUUCUCCUCUCCAUGCCCAAUGCACAUGGCAGGAUCAAGGCCAUGAUCUCUGACUUUGGGCUCUGCAAGAAGCUGGCAGUGGGCAGGCACAGUUUCAGCCGCCGUUCAGGGGUACCUGGCACUGAAGGCUGGAUUGCCCCAGAGAUGUUGAGUGAAGACUGCAAGGAGAACCCUACCUACACAGUGGACAUCUUCUCUGCAGGCUGUGUCUUUUACUAUGUCAUCUCUGAGGGCAACCAUCCUUUCGGCAAGUCCUUACAGCGGCAGGCCAACAUCCUCCUGGGCGCCUGUAGCCUUGACUGCUUCCACUCAGACAAGCAUGAGGAUGUCAUUGCUCGUGAAUUGAUAGAGAAAAUGAUUGCAAUGGAUCCCCAGCAGCGACCCUCUGCAAAGCAUGUGCUAAAACACCCAUUUUUCUGGAGCCUGGAAAAGCAGCUCCAGUUCUUUCAGGAUGUGAGUGACCGAAUAGAAAAGGAGUCCUUGGAUGGCCCGAUAGUAAGGCAGUUGGAGAGAGGCGGGAGAGCGGUGGUGAAGAUGGACUGGCGGGAAAAUAUCACUGUCCCCCUGCAGACAGAUCUGCGAAAAUUCAGAACCUACAAAGGUGGCUCUGUCAGAGAUCUCCUCCGAGCCAUGAGAAAUAAGAAACACCACUACCGAGAGCUCCCUGUGGAGGUUCAGGAGACGCUGGGCUCCAUCCCUGAUGACUUUGUGCGCUAUUUCACAUCACGCUUCCCCUACCUCCUCUCUCACACCUACCGAGCCAUGGAGCUGUGCAGUCAUGAGAGACUCUUCCAGACCUACUACUUGCACGAGCCCACAGAACCCCAGUCUCCAGUGACUCCAGAUGCCCUCUGAGCUGGGGCAGCCCCUAGUGUGGUGGCCCCCACAGUGACUGUGGGUCUGAUCUCUGCAGUCCAUAGCUUGCUGCCUCUGGGAUUAGCAGGAAGACUAAGCUCCUCAAACCAAGUGCCUUGAGCUGCUGCCCUGCAGCCAGAAGAAGAUAAUGCUGAUUCUAGGAAUGGGAGAGGGGCCCUCAUGACUACAAAAAGCUGAAACGACAUGGCCCUGAAGUCUUGUAGUCAGGGCUAUCUACAAAGGUGGGCCUGUCUCAGAGGCUGCAAGAGGAGCAGUGUCAACCUUUCACUGGAUGAACUCUCUUCCACGUAUAUUUCUUUCUAGAAUUCCUGUGGGAUGACAGUUUGGGGCCUUUCAGUGAGGGAGUAGAGGAAUCCUGUUUUGCCUACAUGCUAGGAGCAGCCUGGUUGGGGUGCAGCAAGUGUACCCUCUGUUGGAAAUGGUCUGAGAGAUUCAGGGUGCUAAGGAAGAGAACGUUCAGAGGUGUUCUUCUUGAUACAGGAGGCACCUCCAGGUUACUGGUAGCCUGUGUUGUAAGUGUGGGGCAUGGAGUUAGAGACUGGUUAGCAGUGCGUGUGGACAGCUGAGCUGUGUCUGGGAAUGGAAGAUGAAGAGGACACUCAGUUCUAAUUGCAGUGCUGGCCCAGCACAAGUGUACUAAACAGUAGCUCCUGAUAGAUUGAAUCCUGGCCAUGUGAGCCAGAGAUGAAGAAUUCCCUGGCCAUCAAGAAGGCAGCUAAGACCAGACAGGGACAGAAACAGGUCGUCAGGGCCAGAGGGGAGCAACGAGAGGGAACCUCUGAGCACAUGGAGAGGCUCAGAACCAGGAGGUGAGUGAUAUGGACCGUCUGCCUCAGAGCCCAGCAGAUUAGCACACAGAUUGUAGGCCAAGGCCAGAGCCACCAGAGGCUUUUUAGGCCAGCUUUUACAUUUCUGGCAGAUAUUAAUGAGUGUGUUUUGGUCAUAUUGCAGAAUGCUGCAUUUGCAUAAGUAAGUUAAAUGUAGCUUGAUGCUUGUGAAGAAGAAAUGUAAGAUAUAAUAUCUUCUGUUUUGUGUAGUACCAAAAAUCACCAUUCCCUCAAGAAUGUAUAACAUUCUCUAAUGCUGAAGAGUAAGACAUCUUGCAACACUGUGUAAAUGUAUUGAUAUCAAAGUGAUUCUAUCAGUACCGUUUUUCUCUAAAAUUAAUUUUUAACUUUAGGUCUAGUCAGAAUUUACUGUCUUCUCCCUCCCAAGAGCCUUUGAUGUUAGUAUAUAGUCAGGGUCCAGGGGGUUGGAUUCUGUGUAGACUCCUUGAGCCAGUGUGGCCUCUGACAUGUAGUCCUGGUGAGCUGAGGCUUGUUCUGUUCUGUGCUAAGAGUAGCCUCGGCAACUCUAUGCACUGCACUGACUGUAGUCAUGGCUGCUGCAUCCCCUGAGAGGUCUUCUGGUGUGCUGGUACAGGGCCACUUACCCAAAGCUUCUCUGCUGCUGUGGAAUUUGAUUUCCUUACUUUCAUGGUGGCCAAAGUGAACUCUUUCUUAACCUCCUGCAUCUUUGAACCUCAUGGGUAACUCUGUUUAGACCUUGGAAUUUCAGCUGACUUCUUGCUCAUCUCUUACCAUAGCACUUUGCCAGUGGGCCCAAGAGGGGACAGCCUAAGACCAAUGGCAGGAGGUGCAACCAGUGUGGUCUGACAGGCUUGCCUCUGAGACUGCUGCCUACCUUGUUCCUCCUGGCUGAGUUUCCCUUUGGGAAGUGCUGAAGUCUUUUAUAAAGGCCCAGCGUGGUGUUACCUCCCAGUCUGCCUUGGGACAGCUUUUCAAAUGUUCUUGCCACUUAUCGGAUCAGUUUCUAACCAAUCAAAUUUCCAAAAGUCCUCCAUUCAUCGUACUUAUUGUAGAAACUUUCCGUAGAGCUAGACAGGAUAUGAGACACUUGGGACACAGAGAGUACAGAAAGACUUGUGCCUUUUAAAGCCUUGUGAGCGUCGUUAGCACACAGUGUCAGGGCAGAAAGAAAACUCAAGUGGGUAGGAAGGGUGUAUAUUUGGGGUUUGCCCCACUUGUGCCUUAAAACUGUCCCAUCUCAAAAAUCAAUCAGCUGUGGUCAGCUCACCUCUGUGUGUCCUCUAGAAACCAGGCAGUUGUUAGCUCUCCAGGUGUGUCGUGAAAACACUGUGGGCGUCUGGGAUGCUCAGCAAGAGACACUGCCUGCCUUCAGUCCAGGUGUGUCGUGAAAACACUGGGCAUCUGGGAUGCUCAGCAAGAGACACUGCCUGCCUUCAGUCCAGGCCAGCUCUGUAGCAUUGUCACAUCUUCAGAGGAAGACGCCCAGCUGUCUCCAGGUACAGCAUCUUCAGCUUUAGGAUGGAAUUGAGUUAUGUCUGGGAUGUUACCUUUGUUUAAACUUUGUCUUGUGUUGAACUUUAAGUUCAGAAAGUAUGCUGUGUCAUUAGUACCAAAGCACUUGCACUUUUGGGAACAUAGGUGUCACUUGGUAAAUCACUAGGCCGUCUAGAGACUGAAGGUGAACCCCGGCAGAGGUGUCUCCUGCUCUCAAUACAGCAGUAGCUGUAGGUUCUUCCCAUGAUGCAUUACAGAGAAGGUGGAGGUCUGAGGUCAGCAGAUAAAGCCAAGUGCUUUCCACCGACUUUGAAGAUAGGCAUGAGACUCUCCUCAGAGCCUUUACUUUCUGGAGGUUUUGUGUACAUGUGAUUUAGUUAGCUGCCGAAGCUCCUUUCCCCAAAACGAAAGGCUAAUUGAUUAGCUGCUGCUGUGACCUGCAGAGCCACCCCUGGCUGCAGACUCUCCUGUGCUGGCCACCUGCUUGUCAUCUGCAGGGCUUUGGUCCUGCAUGGCUUCCUGUAGGUCCCACUCUCCGUCUGCCCCUGGGUCUGUUCUUGGUUCAUUGUCUUCAUUGCCACGGUCCAGAGGUGCAGGAAGAGCUGGAAGAGCAGCCGCAGCUGCCCUGGAAAGAGCCUCUUGAAAUUCCCCGCUUGCCCUUCUCUGUGAUUGGUUUUCCCACAGUGCUGUCCUUGCCCAUCACUCACAUCUAGAAGCCACGGUGUUGGCCGCCAGGGGCCUUUCAUUGGCUUCUCCUCCUGAAGGCUAUCACACUUCCAGCUGAGCCAAAGUGCCUGCUUUCUCCCCAUUCUUGGUUUUCGUUAUGGACUAGUGAUUUUCCACGUGUAAUUUGGGUUGCUUUGGGCACUUAGGUCUCUUCUGUACUUAUUAGGAAGCUGCAGAGGUACAUCUAUGUUGAGCUUCCCUCUGGAGCAACCUUAGCUACACUGUUUGCCAGUCCUGUCGCCUCAGCUCUCUGUUCCCCAUGUGUUUGGUGGGUAUAGUAUUCCUUCCCAGUUGUCCCUAAAACUGACGGAGUCCCCACUCACUAAGCAUUACCAGCCAGCUAUGUGGCUUCCCCACACAAAGACCUUGUGUAGUUCAUUUUGCGAUGAUCUAUUUAUUGAAUCUAUUUAUAUUUAUUUAAUUUUUACUCUGAAGUAUAUCUGGUUACAAUUGCACUUGCUUAAAGCACAUACGAUCUGUGUGGACAAUACCCCUGACCAUUUUAAAACUGGAAAAGAAAAGUUACACUGUAUCCUGCCACCUUUUGAUAACCUUGUCUUUAAAGGGUGAAUAAUUUGGUCUGGGUAAAAUGUUAAUUUUUAGAUGAUUUUUAAAAAAAUCUUGUGCCAUGUGUCUUCUGUAGACAGUUAAUUGUUUAAUUGAUGUAUGCUGAUUGUGUGAUUCACUCCUCUUUAUGGAAACUAAAAUAUUCUUUUUAGCUUUAUAUUUUAUAAACUGCCAGAUUGUACAUCUAUUCUGUGUAUUUUUAAUGCUCGUAUUAUGAGGGCCGUUAUCUAAGUUGAACGGUUAUUUUUGUACCUCCUGUACAGUUUUAUAAUUCUGCUCAUUGAUGAAGGUGACUUAUGCUGAGCCAACCACAAAUAAAGGUAGUUUU